ACCAUACAACUACCCCUAAGAAAUCCCUCUGAUGUCCCUGGGACUUCACAGGGCAAGUGUCUUACAGGUAUUCAAGAAACUACUUGCCCACGUUCUUCUAAGCUGUCCUUAUUAAGUACCUAGUUCUGAUAGUUGCCGGGUAGCCACCUAUUUCUCUUCUAUGAACUGCCAUUCUCCAUUAGUGCCCACUCUAAGGCCCUAUGGUGCCAAUGCUAUGUGAUGGUCUCUGUGAGAGUAGGGCUGGAGAGCGUCACCUCUUUUUUUUUAACUUUAUCUUGAGUAAUUUUUUUUUUUCAUAUUUUAUCUCCUCUGCAUAGUAAUCACAUAACCCCUUCUUGGGCCCAACCUCUGAUGAACGGAGCCCCUUCAGCCAUUAGGCCCUGACCCUUCCCUUUCUGGGGUCUCAGAGCUCUCAUCACAUCAGACACAGGGCAGACACCAGACCAAGAAUUUGUCUUCCCUCACCCCUCUCUCCAGGGGUCUUUCCUCCUCUUUUUGCCCCCAAAUGAAAACACCUCAAAUCAACUCAGGUAAGACCAGGAUGGCAGGUAUCUGUAGCCUGGUGGUUCUGCUGACACUGACUCUUGGCUAGGGACUCAGCCAGGACACCUUGCUUCAUGAGGACUUGUUACGGAAGCUCAUGUCACGGCAUGACAGGCCAGUGAGUGGAGAGGUGAGUUGCUCAGGCAAGUAAUAGUGAGUUUAUUCCAGAAAGCCAGCGGACUGAGAAGAUGACGGACUAGAGUCCCAAAGAACCACCUUCCUCAAGUUGGAAUUCAGGCAAAAGGGGAGGUGGUAAAAUCCUGGUUCUGGCCAGACUCCAGCGGGGAUGUGUUAAUUUCUUUCUGCCUGCGGCAGUUCCCAGGUGGGCCUGGUCAGGAUGAUUACUGUGAGCUGAGCAAAGGUAUUUUAGCUUAAUGCUCAUUACCUGGGGGGCAGGGCUCCCAGACAUGGGCCAUUAUGCAUAAUUUAAGCUUAUAGGCAACACCCCUUUAGUGAUUAACUAAAGAGGUUCUUCCCUAUUACAGAUGCUUCAUGCCCCCUGGUAUCUCCUUAGUAAGUCCAGUCUGCAGAAAUGAUGGGAGUUGGAAGCCACAGCUCUGUUGUCUUAAGGGCAUUGAAAAGGCUUUGAAAGUUGGUGACUGUUCUCACUUGCAACCCAAGGACACAACUGGAAUGAGGUGGCGAGCAAUGUCCCCAAGCCGUAGUUCAGAAGGGAAUGGAGGCCUUUUUACAAUAUUGAAAUAUCCAGACCCAUCUACAGGGAAGUCUUUGAAAUUCUUCCCACCACAGAAGCCAUGUUGGAAUUCUCAGCUUCAGUCCCACUAAGCCCUUGUGGGAAAGAAAGACUUCAGCACUUUUUACAAUAGCCAGGUCAUGGAAUCAACCUAAAUGCCCAUCAACAGAGGAAUGGAUAAAGAAGAUGUGGUACAUAUAUAUAAUGGAAUAUUACUCAGCCAUAAAAAGGAACGAAACUGGGUCGUUUGUAGAGACGUGGAUGGAUCUAGAGACUGUCAUACAGAGUGAAGCUCUGGACGCGCAGGGUCAGCAGCCAUGGCUCACGGGCCCAGCCACUCUGCGGCAUGUGGGAUCUUCCCGGACCGGGGCACGAACCCGUGCCCCCUGCAUCGGCAGGUGGACUCUCAACCACUGCGCCACGAGGGAAGCCCGAAAUCAGAUGCUUUUCUCUGGCAGGCAGUGUGGCCAUGUUGGGAGACCUGAGGAACUUUUACUGACGUUCAAGAUAUUCCUUGUCAUCAUUUGUCUUCAUGUCACUGUGGUUACAUCCCUGGAAGAGCAUGCUGAUAAUUCCAGUUUGUUAUCACCUUCUGCUGAAUCAUCUCUUGUUGGUUUCGUCCCCUACUCCAAUGGUACUCCAGAGGUUGAAACUACAAGCUUAAAUGAUGCUACUUCGAGCGUAUUAUCUACUUUGAACAAAACAGAAAAAACUAAAAUCACUAUAGUAAAAACCUUCAAUGCAUCAGGUGUCAAACCCCAGAGAAAUAUCUGCAAUUUGUCAUCUAUUUGCAAUGACUCAGCCUUUUUUAGAGGUGAGAUCAUGUUUCAAUAUGAUGAAGAAAGCAAUGUUACCCAGCAGAAUCAAGUUAUGGCUAAUGGCACCUCAACUGGAAUCCUGUCUCUAAGGGAAUUGAAACGAUCAGAACUCAACAAAACCCUGCAAACUUUAAGUGAGACUUAUUUUAUAGUGUGUGCUACAGCAGAGGCCCAAAGCACAUUAAAUUGUACAUUCACAAUAAAACUGCAUAAGACAAUGAACAUAUGUACUGCGAUGGUUGCUUGGCAAACAGUAAAGAUUCGACGGAUGGAACAGUGCUGCUGUUCUGUCAGGAUCCCCUGCCCUUCCUCCCCGGAAGAGUUAGAAAAACUGCAGUGUGACGUGCAGGAUCCCGUUGUGUGUCUUGCUGGUCAUCCACAUGGUACACCAUUUUCUUCUUCCAGCAAUUCCAUCCCAGUUGCUCCUCAGGCCACCAUUGUGUCCCAGACCUCCGGUGCCUUCUCUUUUACUGAGCUUCUAGCUCAUCCAUCUGUAAUCCAGAGCCCUCACUCUCCAACAGGGGUGAUUCCCCUUUCUUCUCCCCAGCCUUCAGCUCCCAUAGCUUCCAGCCCUGACAUUGAUAUGCUCCCCCAGUCUGGAACUCUCUCUUCCCCUGUGCCUCCAACUCAUCUUUCCCACACCCUGCCACCUGUGAAAUCCUUACCUCCCUCUCCCACCACGUCUGCCCCUGUGAAUGUCAACACGACCAGCACACCUCCUGACAAGACAGAAAUUGUUCACACCAGCAGCAUCAGUGUUUCUGAGCUGGAGAACCAAGUGUCCCGGAUGGAGAAAGUUCUUUCCUUAGGCAGCUUGGAGCCUAACCUCGCAGGACAAAUGAUAAACCAAGUCAGCAGACUCCUUCAUUCCCCGCCCACCUUGCUGGCCCCUUUGGCCCAAAGAUUGCUAAAAGUAGUGGAUGACAUUGGCUUACAGCUGAAUUUUUCAACCAAGACCAUAAGUCUGACCUCCCCUUCUUUGGCUCUGACUGUGAUCAGAGUGAAUGCCAGUAAUUUUGACACAACUACUUUUGCUGCCCAAGACCCUGCAAAUCUUCAGGUUUCUCUGGAAACUCAGGCUCCUGAGAAUAGUAUUGGUGUUAUUACUCUGCCUUCUUCGCUGAUGAGUAAUUUACCAGCUAAUGAUGUGGAGCUGGCUUCCAGGGUGCAGUUCAACUUUUUUGAAACACCUGCCCUGUUUCAGGACCCUGCCUUGGAGAACCUCUCUCUGAUCAGCUAUGUCAUUUCCUCGAGCGUGGCGAACCUGACAGUCAAGAAUUUGACAAGAAACGUGACGGUUACAUUAAAGCACAUCCACCGGAGCCAGGAUGACUUAACAGUGAGAUGUGUAUUUUGGGACUUGGGCAGAAACGGUGGCAGAGGAGGCUGGUCAUCUGAUGGCUGCUCUGUCAAAGACAGGAGGCUAAAUGAAACCACCUGUACCUGCAGCCACCUUACAAGCUUCGGCGUCCUACUGGACUUGUCUCGAACAUCCUUGCCACCGGCUCAGAUAAUGGCCCUGACAUUUAUCACCUAUAUUGGUUGUGGGCUUUCAUCAAUUUUUUUGUCAGUUACUCUUGUAACCUACAUAGCCUUUGAAAAGAUCCGGAGGGAUUACCCUUCCAAAAUCCUCAUCCAGCUGUGUGCAGCUCUGCUGCUGCUGAACCUGGUGUUCCUCUUGGACUCGUGGAUUGCUUUGUAUGACAUAAGAGGCCUCUGCAUCUCAGUGGCUAUAUUUCUGCAUUAUUUUCUCUUGGUCUCGUUCACUUGGAUGGGCCUGGAAGCAUUCCAUAUGUACCUGGCCCUUGUCAAAGUGUUUAAUACUUACAUCCGAAAAUACAUCCUUAAAUUCUGCAUUGUUGGUUGGGGGGUACCAGCUGUGGUUGUGACCAUUGUCCUGAUUAUAUCUCCAGAUAACUACGGACUUGGAUCCUAUGGGAAAUUCCCCAACGGGUCACCUGAUGACUUUUGCUGGAUCAACAGCAAUGCUGUAUUCUAUAUUACGGUUGUGGGAUAUUUCUGUGUGAUAUUUUUGCUGAACGUCAGCAUGUUCAUUGUGGUCCUGGUUCAACUUUUUCGAAUUAAAAAGAAGAAGCAACUGGGAGCCCAGCGAAAAACCAGUAUUCAAGAUCUCAGGAGUGUCGCUGGCCUUACGUUUUUACUAGGAAUUACUUGGGGCUUUGCCUUCUUUGCCUGGGGACCAGUUAAUGUCACCUUCAUGUAUCUCUUUGCCAUCUUUAACACGUUACAAGGAUUUUUCAUAUUCAUCUUUUACUGUGUAGCAAAAGAGAACGUCAGAAAGCAGUGGAGACGGUAUCUGUGUUGUGGAAAGUUACGACUGGCUGAAAAUUCUGACUGGAGUAAAACUGCUACUAAUGGUUUAAAGAAGCAGACUGUAAACCAAGGAGUCUCGAGCUCUUCAAAUUCCUUACAGUCAAACAGUAACUCCACCCAGUCCACCACGCUGCUAGUGAAUAAUGAUUGCUCAGGACUCACGAGCGGAAACGCGAAUGCUUCUACCGAGAAGAAUGGUUUUUCUUUCAGUCUUCAGAAUGGAGACGUGUGCCUCCAUGAUUUCACUGGAAAACAGCACAUGUUUAAUGAGAAAGAAGAUUCCUGCAAUGGUAAAAACCGUAUCGCUCUAAGAAGGACUUCAAAGCGGGGAAGCUUACACUUUAUUGAGCAAAUGUGAUUCCUUUUCCUAAAAUCAAAGCAUGUUGCUUGACAGUGUGAAAAUGUCCAAUCUUAUUUUUUACACAAUGUGAGUUGUAUGAAAAUCAACUAAUUUUAUACUCAGCAACUUCUGGAGGAGCAUAAGCUAAUUGAGCGCAAUGGUUGCUAUUGGAAGAGGAAACCAAGACGUUAUACCAUGGUUCUUAGACAUUUGUGAUUUGGUUUCUCAUCCUUCAUUUUAAAAGAAGACUGGUUUUAAACAACACACUAAGAAUAAGACUCAUUUUAAAAAAAUCAAAGUAGUUCAUUUCCAGCCCCAGUUAAAGAUGCUAAGUUAUCUUUGAUAACAUAUGAAGCCACUGUUGGCUUCAGCCUGUUGGUGAGUUUCGUCGUGCAUGCCUUUGUUGUAAAUAAGAUAAAUUCUAGUGACCCACAUGUCAGAAAUCUUACUUCUCCAUUUUUGGUAUUUAUUUUCUACUGUGUAAAUUUCUUUCUUUGUAGAAUCACGGUUGUGCUGUUGUGUCUAAUGUGAUAAUUCAGAAAAUCCUUGCUGAUUCAGUGACCUCUAAAGCUCCUUUUGGAGAUUAUAUGGGAUGUGAAAUACAGGAACUUCACUGAAAUCAAGAAAUAAUGACGCCAGCCAGACUGGAAAAAUGUAAGCAGAUAGUGCCACAAUUAGCUCAUAUAGUGCCUUGGAGUGAGUUAGAAAAAGGUGCCCCCACUGGGCAGACACAGCCCCAUGGGCUCGUGAUUUGGCAAACAGAAUGAGGGCCAUAUUUUCGCCCCACUCACCCUCUUGGAUGCACCGUUGUUCAGGGUGGCACCUGUACAACCGUACAUAGCAUCCGAUACUGACACCCAUCUCCUGACCUCUUCCCUAAUCAUCAGAUUAUGGAAGCUGCACCAAGGUGUUUAGCUGAAUACCUUGGUCACCGAGGGGGAAGGAACUGUAAUCUAGACCAUAUGGUAGAAAAAUCAUGAUGUGGAAGCGAUACAUACACUGCCACUUCUCAAAUCCCCAGAGCCUUUCAGAAAAGGGGAGUAGAGUAGGAUUACUUUUUAAAAGAGAUGUACAUUAAAAAAAAAUCAUAUUGCUGUUCUUUAAAAAGCAACUGCAUGGUACUUUGUUAAUUGCUAUGACUGGUACACUCUGGCCCAGCCAGAGCUUUAAUUAUUUUUUUUUAAAGAAUUGUCUUGAUGAGUGUAUAGUGACAAGGGGGAGCAGCUAUUGGGAACAGUGAACUAUCCUGCAAUGCUAUUGUUUCCAUAUGUAUCAAACCCUGAUUGGUCCUAGUCAUAGCGAGUCUAUCUUGCUUCCUACCUACAACUGCUUGAGCAGUGCCUCAAGUAUGUCCUUACUAGGAACAUUUCAAAAACCUUUAGUUAGGUCUUUCGCCAAGGUUCCCUUGCAUAUAUUUCAAGUGAAUGUUGUAUCCCAGACUAACCACAGUAAUAACGUAAUACACUUCUGUGAGUGCUGAUUUGUCUUUGCAAUAUUUCUUCUCCGAUUUAUUUAAUUGUCUUGUAUUUAUACGUUAAAAUUGACAAAAAUGUUAAAAUUGCCAAAAUAAAUUUGCAGUUAAGCCCUUUAA